AUGUCUUUGGAAAACCAUACCCAGGUCUCUGAGAUUAUUCUCCUUGGAUUUCCGAAUCUCUACAAGCUCAACAGUCUUAUAUUUGUCCUGCUUCUUCUAAUUUAUUUUGUAACAAUUAAUGGAAAUCUCUUGAUUAUCACCUUGGUAGCCAACAGCAAAAAUCUCCAGUCUCCCAUGUACUUCUUCCUCACCCAGCUGUCCAUGUCGGACAUACUGCUGACUACUGAUAUUGUCCCCAACACACUAGCCAGUGUAAUGAAUGGGGGGAUUGUGAUGUCACUUGUUGGUUGUAUCACCCAGUUCUAUAUCUUUGGUGCUUCUGAAUCCUUAGAGUGCUUUAUAUUAACUGUGAUGGCUUAUGACAGGUACCUGGCGAUUUGUAAUCCUCUCAGAUAUUCCUCCAUAAUGAACUAUCCAUUGUUUCUGAACCUGAUCCUUCUUUCGUGGCUGCUGGGUUUUUUCUUUACACUAGUAACCUUGAUAACGAUAUCUACUUUAGACUUCUGCGGGCCUAACGUCAUUGAUCAUUUCUUCUGUGAUAUAAAUCCCAUUUUGGAUUUGUCUUGUUCCGAAACAUACACUGUUCACAUGGAGGCUCUUUUACUUAGUGUACCUGUAAUGGUGAUCCCUCUAAUGAUAACUCUGACAUCAUAUGGGUGCAUCGGUCAAGCUAUCCUUAAGGUUUCCUCCAAAAUUGGCCGAUGGAAACCCUUCUCUACUUGCAGUUCCCAUCUGACUGUGGUCUGCAUGUUCUAUGGAACUCUUAUUGGAAUAUACAUGCUUCCAACGAAAGGUUUAUCUCCGAAUAUAAAUAAAGUUAUUUGUCUGUUGUACACUGUGGUGACACCGAUGCUUAAUCCUAUCAUAUAUAGUCUACGAAAUAAAGAUAUCAAAGAAGCUGCCAAAAUGAUACUAUUAUCCAAUAAAUUCUAUCAUAAAUAA